CACCUUUGAAGCCUUUCACUUUGAUUCUUCUUGUCUACCUAGGUUAAAAUACUAGUACUACCCAGAUCAAAUGCACCAAGUCCUCCUUACGUAGUAAAUACCAAUACGUUAUGUGUAGACACUAGCUAGACACCUCCAAGCUGUGUAAAGUUCUCCUUGGGAGGCUAUAAAUGCCUAGCUAUGACAUAUGCAUGCUUCUCUACACACAACACCAUCUUGCCUCUCCCCUCCUCUCUUCUCUUCUCUCCACUGCCCAACUUUUGCCAUAGACAAGAACCUCUAGGUAGCUUUCCUCCAGAGCAGCAAUGGCCAUGCACCCUCUCUCUCAGGGGCACCCACAGGCCUGGCCAUGGGGGGUAGCCAUGUACACGAACCUACACUACCACCACCAGUACGAGAGGGAGCACCUGUUCGAGAAACCCUUGACGCCCAGUGAUGUGGGCAAGCUCAACAGGCUGGUGAUUCCCAAGCAGCACGCGGAGAGGUACUUCCCCCUGAACGGCGGCGACUCCCCCGGCGAGAAGGACCUGCUCCUGUCUUUCGAGGAUGAGGCCGGCAAGCCGUGGCGGUUCCGGUACUCGUACUGGACGAGCAGCCAGAGCUACGUGCUCACCAAGGGCUGGAGCAGGUACGUCAAGGAGAAGCAGCUCGACGCCGGAGACAUCGUGUACUUCGAGAGGGUGCGCGGCCUUGGCACAGGCGACCGGCUCUUCAUCGGCUGCAGGCGUCGUGGCGAGAGCGCGCCGCCACCACCUGUACGUGUACCUCCGCCCGCUCUGAACGCCGGGGAGCAACAGCCUUGGAGCCCGAUGUGUUACAGCACGUCAGGAUCAUACCCUACCAGCCCUGCCAAUUCCUACGCCUAUCGCCGCUCGGUGGAGCAAGAUCACAGCGACAUGCUGCAUGCAGGCGAUUCGCAGAGAGAGGCAGACGCCAAGAGCAGCACGGCAUCGGCGGCGCCGUCGAGACGUCUCCGGCUGUUCGGCGUCAACCUCGACUGCGGUCCGGAGCCAGAGGCAGAGGCAAUAACGCCAACGUACGGCUACACCCACCAGAGCCCCUACGCUGCAGUGGCCACGGUGCCAAGUUACUGUUCAUAAAGAUGAUUUGGUUUGAAGCCAUUCUUGAGGAUCCUGACAACCAGCAGUGAAACUAGUUUCUACCAGCCUACUAGGCUACCCUGGACCAAGUGACAAGCUUGAAUUGACCCUUUGAAGGAAAAGGAAAAGGAAGAGGAAGUGGAAGAUCCCUUGUUUCCCGGGCAAUCUUCCUUCCAUCCCCAGAGUACCCUUUUUUCUAUGUUUUCUUUCUUCUUGUCUUCCAGAAACCCUACUCGAUCACAGUACGGGGCCCUUAGCAGGCGGCAGGUUUCAGGAAACAUCAGGUUGAAAAGGAGAGGGGGUGAGAGAGAUAGAGGGAUGGUGACCCACAUGAAAAACAAAAGAAAAUGCUUAGCAAGCAUAUAUGCAUGUGUCAUCUGUAUGUAGUGGGUCCAAGAUGUAUCCUCUCCAGCCUCCUGAAGAAACAAAGUAAUAUCCCCAAUGGGGAUUUUGUUC